AUGGCUGCUCAAUUGUAUAAGACAACGUCUGGUCGUCUGUUUCAUGCAGGAAAGAUAGCUAUAAUUACUGUAGGAUAUCUUCGAUGGUUGGGAGUUCCUACCAAAGUGUUUAGCGUAGGAAACUAUCGUCGUAAAGCAAUGGGCUUCGUUGGGAAAUUACCACAAAAUUUUUUUGAUUUCGGGAAUCAAGAGGCUGCUCAAUCUCGACGUAAAUUAGCGAUAGAAUGUUUAAGGGAUAUGAUAAGAUGGUUGGAAGAUGGUGGCCAAGUUGGCAUCUUGGAUGCUAGUAAUACGACUGAAGAAAGGCGUAGAGAAGUAUAUGAUAUCCUGAUUAGUGAAGAUAUUCAUCCUGUUUUCAUUGAAUCGAUAUGUGAUAAACAGGAUAUUAUCGAAGCAAAUAUUCGAAGUGUCAAAAUAACUUCACCGGAUUAUAUUGGUUGGGAUCGAGAGGAAGCCGUCAAAGAUUACUGGAAACGCAUCAAUAAUCACCUCGGACAUUAUCAAACAAUAUCUGAUACUUCGCUAAGUUUUGUUAAGAUGAUUAAUGUCGGAGAACGUAUUAUCGUUAAUAAUGUGAAGGGAUAUCUUCAGUCUCGUAUAGUGUUUUAUUUAAUGAAUUUACAUGUUUCACCGAGGAUAAUAUAUUUCGCACAGACAGGAGAAUCAUUAAACGAAAUGUCUCAAAAAGCUGAUGCAGAAUUAAACCCUGAGGGUAUACGCUAUGCACAUAACUUAAAAAAUUUCUUGUUGACUUUGAGGGAAAAAGAAAAAAAACAACGAAAAGAGGAAGGUUGGGGUGAUGAAGAUGAAAGAACGCUAACUAUAUGGACAUCGGCACGUCGACGUUCUUACCAAACUGCGAAACCUUUUGAGGAUGAGGGUUAUAUUGUAAAACAACGAAGUUCAAUGGCCGAACUCAAUCUUGGGGAAGCAGACGGGUUAACUGUGGAUGAAAUCAAAGCAAAAUUUCCAGAAGAAUAUGAGAAAAAACAACAGGAUCUAUAUCAUCAUCGAUACCCGAGAGCUGAGUCUUACCACGAUUUAGCUGUCCGCCUUGAGUCUAUAAUUCUUGAACUUGAACAUGAGAAAAAUGAUGUAUUGAUCAUUGCUCAUGAAACAGUACUGAAGUGCUUGUAUGCGUAUCUGUUUGAUCAACCAGAAGAUGAAAUACCUAGAAAUAUUAUACCCAAAAAUUAUUUAAUUGAAAUUAUUCCCUCGGCAUACGGAUGUAGAGAUACUCGAAUGGAGAUUGAAUAUACCGUGGAUCAAACCGUACCUUCGUUAACGAAUCCCAACUGUGAUGUUUAG